UCGCCCACUUAGCCCAGCCCCCGUCCCCCCAGCCUGUUGUGCAUAAUGGUACAGUCCACGACACACGUGCGCGCCAAAGUUUUGUAGCAUUGGCAGCAAGCAUGGCUCCGAAGACAGGUCGCCGUGGAGUGAAGCGCAGGGCGGAGGAGGCAGCGGAGGAGAGAGUGGAGGUGGAGGAGAAGAAAGAGAGAGGAGGAGAGGAGGAUGGCGCAGCAGGCCAGAGAGUGCUCAUUGAACACUGUAAGAGCUGACGAGUGUAUGGGCGUAACGCCGAGGCGGUGAAAGCCGCCCUCCUGGCUGCCCACCCUGACCUGACCGUGGUCCUCAACCCUGAGAAGCCCCGCAGGAACAGCUUUGAGAUCACUCUGGUGGACGGUGGGAAAGAAACAACCCUGUGGACUGGAAUAAAAAAAGGUCCACCUCGCAAGUUAAAGUUCCCUGAAAGUGAGGUUGUUGUUGCUGCUCUGAAGAACGCUCUGGACACAGAGUAGACACCGAGUGAAGGCCAGCGUCCUGACUGUGUGACUCCUGGGAGCAGAAUGAUGAGGAGCGACCAACGGGAUGUUCCCAGUCUCUCCUCUGAUGAGCCAGGCUCCACGCUCACAUGAACUGGACACAGGCUGACACCUAGUGGUGCAUCUGAAACAUUACCUCAUGACCAACAUUUACUGUCCUGCUGCUUUUAAUUGUGUGCGUGUUUUUUUCCAUUUCCCAUCUGUGUAUUUUUUUAGAUUUGUCAGUAAUAAACUUUUUUUUCUGCAUGAAAAUUCCA